AUGGAAGGUUUUAACAUAUAUUUGUUGUUGUUAGCGACAGCCUUAUUGAAUGUUAUCGUUUCUGGUCAAGGCCAAGGAUAUGGUCAGGGAGGCGGAAUUUUUGGGCAGUAUAGAGGACGUCCAGGGAGUGGCACCGGAUCUGGCAACGGCCCUCCACAAGGCCAGAUCCUACCCUGUUUCCUGGUUGAAUGUCCAUCGCUGACAUGUCCUCCAGAUGAGCAGGUUACAUUAGGCACCUCGUGCUGUUCUUUCUGUCCGGAUGCCUGCAAUGAUGUGGUAUGUCCCGAGUCACAGAUAUGUCCAGGAGGAUUGAAUCCAGUACCUCGGCAAGGCGACUGUUGCCCAAGCUGUCCGACCGGACCACCGAACUGUGCUAAUGUGCUGUGUCUAUCUCGACCAGUCUGUCCUAGUGGCGCCCAGCCGACAUCUCCUCCAGGUGAAUGUUGUUCCCGAUGUCCGGAAUGCACUGAGCCGUGUCAAUCGCCACAAUGUUCUGAGGGUUCCAUCCCACAGUUAUUGCCAUUUGAAUGCUGUCCAACCUGUCAACCCAUAGGUCCUCCAAAUUGUGAGGUGCAGUGUCAAAAUCAAGUCAUUUGUCCUAAUGGCGCCCUGCCGAUCACGCCUCCAGGUGAAUGCUGUUCCCGAUGUCCGGAAUGUACUGAACCAUGUCCAUCACUGCUUUGUUCUCAGGGCUAUAGUCCUCGUCGAUUAUUAGAAGAAUGCUGUGAAACCUGCCAACCCACAGUUUGCAACCUUGCUGAUUGUGCCAUUCCAAUUUGUCAUGGAGGACAACAGCUGGAAACCAAACCCGGUGAUUGUUGCCCUUCCUGUCCGACAGGCCCACCUAACUGCACCGGCGUGUCUUGUCGAGUUCACGCAGUCUGUCCUAGUGGCGCCCAACCUAUCAUGCCCCCUGGCGACUGCUGUCCCCGAUGUCCGGAAUGCCCUGCACCUUGUCCUAAAUUAAGGUGUUCUACUGGCUUUAGGCAACAGCUUUUACCAGGAGAUUGCUGUGAAACUUGCCUCCCAAGAAGGAGAAGAGGAAAGCCAGGUUCAUGUCCAGUGAACGACCACAUCGUUACCAGGUGUGCGGUGUUUGAAAAUGUCUGCUCCAGUGAUUCCCAGUGCCCGGGUCCCCAGAAGUGUUGUGACAACGGCUGCGGUCGCAUCUGCCUUUACCCCUUGCCAACCAUGGGCCGUAAUUAAUAAUAAUCGUAAACUGAUCCUGACUGAAGGAGAAAUGUCUGAGUGUUCUUACUGGAUAGUAUAUUUAAUUGGCCAGUGCACUUAAAACAUUGAUACCUGUUUAAGGAUAAUUAUGAAUAUCAUAGGUUCUAAUGGAAGGCCCGCACAACACUGUUGUAUCGCCUUCCUUUAUAUGUAAAUAUAUACAACUGUCUUGGAAUAAGCUCUGUUAUCAUUUUACUGUUCAGAGAAAACACACAUAUGUUACUUUUGAGAAUAUUAUGAAUUAUUACAUAAGAUGUGUUAUUGAAUAUGGCUCAGCAUUUGGCUAUAGGCAAAACAAAUAGUUGAAAUGUUUUAUUGGCUGGUUGAUUUGUUCUAAAGAUAAUGAUUUAUGAUACUCUUGGUUAAAGUGACAUAAAAGUAUACUGACCUAAAGGCAGUUACUUUAAACCUGGCUGAGGUAACCUCAUACGAAAGGAAACAAAUUCGCACAGUGUCGAAAUAUCAGUGAACAUAAAGGACAUAUUUAAAUUAGUGCCUGUGAGUAUUUUAGUUCUAAUUGGUGUCUAAGCUCUAUUGCUUACAGCUGGUCCUGAAAAUGUACGUGUGCCAACGGAAUCAUAUAAUUGUUUUAUAUUGCUUUGUACAAUGUUAUUGACUGGUAACCUUCACAAAACAGCGCUUCAGUCACAUUUCAUGUUGGUCCAUAUACACUUUGUCAUUGAGAUUGAUGACAAAAAAAUGCAAUGUGGCAUUCUGUCAUGAUUCAUUAUUUUUUAACUUGAUAUAAGUUAUACGUAAAGACGACAAAGACACUUGUAUAUGAACUUAUCAUUCAAUUACGUGCUCAAAUAAAAACAAA